AUGUUGCUCGUCAGUGUGCUGUUUUUGUCUAUAGUUGGACCUUUGUGCGCUUCCUUGAAACGAUCGAGUGAGCAACUGUCCGAAAGAAUUCCUACACCUGAUGCUGUUUCAAACACGUUAUGGCCUCUUCCAGCUUCGGUGAUAAGCUCCGGACCGCCCCUUGUAAUUUCUCCAGCUUUCGUUAUUCAGACAUCGUCAAGCUCGGGUGUCGUGAAACGCGGAAUAACACGAUAUUUGGAAAUAAUAUUGCGGCAAAUCGGAGGAGAUCAUAUGCAGAAUGCGAGUGGAAAAAGUGAAAUGUUGAGUGAACUUGUGUUGAAUGUGCGUAGUGAUGAAGAGGUUUUGCGCGUUGACACCUCUUACUGGUAUAUGUUGAAAAUCAGCAAUGGCCAGGCAAACAUAGAAGCUAAAACGCCUUAUGGAGCAUUGUAAGUGCGUUUUUUAAGUCUGUAUAUAUUUUACCUGCUAGCUUGUUAUAUUGGUACACUGGUUGAACAUUUGAAUUAGGUAGAAGGGGUGCGGGGGGGGAACUCACCAUGACCAUCCUUUGAGAAAUUAGUUUUUUCAAAUCAAUAACAUUGUCGACUGCCACCACCCUUUAUCCCCAGUGAUAGAAACAAAUAUCAAAAAGAGAAAUUACCUGUAGAUAGCAUACAUACUGAUAGGCUCAGUUGGUUGCAUUGAGCAUUGACUGAAGUGGGUGAAGCUCAGCAUUCAUGCCACAGACAGGGCUAACUUUGAUAACCAGACUCCUGUUGGUGGCAAUAAGAAAUUGUUUCCUGAAUGCCUUUGAUCUUUUAGAGCUUUCACUAGUUUAAGAGAAUGAGCCUUCUUCAAGAUCAUACAUGGGUUUUUUAACCAUAACAUCAAUUUCCAUAUUCUUGAUACUCUUCUCUACACUUGUACUUUGGUAUUGAAAAGGAGAAUUCAUGUAACAAUCAAAGCCUCUUAGGUUGGCAAUCACUUUCUUCAUUCUCAUGAUCUUAAUGAAUGAUCCAGCAGCAUUACUGUAAGGAGAAAUUAGAUGCAGGUCACUCUUAAGAUGAAUUAAUCUUAAAACUGCAUGAUCUGUUUGUUCCUUAUCAGUUUGAAAUAAAAGUUGUUUACUUUGGCCCAAUACCUUUUUUUAUACAAUUAUCCUUGCAGGUAUGGGUUGGAAACAUUCACCCAGCUAAUUGAAAAUGGAAAUAUAAUAAAUAGUGAUGUGACAAUUGAUGAUGAACCCAGAUAUGUACACAGAGGCCUCAUGCUAGAUGCUGGGUAAAUGUUCAAAGUUUAGUGCUUAUCAUUUUACAACAAUUUUUUUCAUUGGAUAAUACCUUAUUGUGCAAAUCCAGUGCCGCAAAUAGUUUAAGAGCUUUAACCCUUAAACUCCCAAGAUCUGAUUGUUAAUUCUCCCAUUUAGUUGCUAUACAUUUCCUUGUAAAUUAAUAAUUAAUGAAAACUUGGUGCUAGAUCAAGAUAGCAGCUUCUACCUGAUGACUUUGAAUAUUCUCAUAACCUGUUUGAUGAAUAAUGUAUGGAUAUUAUACAGGGAAGUUUCAUGUUAAUCACUUCUGGGAGUUAAAGGGUUAAAUUCAGUCAAAAGAUUAUUUUUUUUCAGUUUGUACUCUUUAUAAGUUAUUAAUGAUGAACAAAAAUACACCAUUGUAAUGAUAAAAUUAGGAAGGCAUCGUCAGGAACUGCAAACACCAGCCCAUAAGCUGCACUUGGAGAUAAACCACACCUCAAGUUUAGUCACUCAAAUUUUGGAAAAAAUUAAUUUUUAGAUAAGAAAUGAUAAAAAAAAAGUUGAGUCUUGAGAAAGUUACUGUAUUUUGGUUGCUUUGUCAAACAUACAUGGAGAUAGAGCCACAAUCAUUGAGAAAGUGGAAUACUGUGAAUCCCUACCUAUAAUAAUUAUUUUAGCUUGUAGCUAGGACAUUAUAUCUGCUGACUUUGACUUACAUGUAUGUUCAAUCUUACUCUGGUAUUGUUCUUUGUCUUAGGCGCAGAUAUUUUCCCCUUGAACUUCUGUAUAAUAUUCUGGAUGGCAUGAGCUCUGUCAAGUUAAAUGUUUUGCACUUCCAUUUUGCAGACUUCUGUCGAUUCAGUGUUGAAAGCAAGCUGUAAGUGACCUAAAUGCAGACGGCAAUAUUGCACUUUAAUUUAAUUUAUGACUUAUGCCUCUGUAGACUCUUUCUCUUUCAUUUUUUUGUGAUGAUGACCUCUGAACAUAGGUUGUCAAGCUGCUGUAAAGUACUUUUCUACUUGUGGCUAUGCCACCCAAAAUUAUUUUGUCUAAGUCAUGUACUAGAUAGAUCUUUGUUGCUGUUCAACAUGCAGUUUGCAUUUUUUUUUAAACUUUUAGCUAUCCAGAUUUAAGAAACAACGAGAGUCAGUUUUACUCCCAAGAACAAGUAAAAUCACUGGUAUCUUAUGCUGCUGACAGAGGAAUAAGAGUAAUUCCAGAAGUGGAAUCAGCGUAAGAUAUGAAGUCUCCUUGAUAUUAUUCAAGAGAUUAGAUCAGCCUCAAAUUUUUGUAUUAUUUUUAAUUUGCCUUUGAAAGGUCAUCUGACAUGCUCUCUGCAAGUAUCACUAGCAGUGCUUUGUGGCCUUACACAGGUUCAAUACAAAUAAAUUGUAAUUCAGAGUUUUUCUUCCUUAACAUUGCACUAACUUUUUUCAAUAAGUAUAAUGUGAGUUGCUUUUAGUCUGACUAAUUUUGACUUAUUUUGAAGCUGUUGAAUGAAUUAUUGCAAUAAACAAACAGACUGAAGUGAUUUUUGGUUGUUUUGUGAAAUAGUAAACACUUGCAGUGAUAGCCUGUUGUUUAAAAAAUUAUCUUUAUUACCAUUUAAUUGUUAGUAAUAGACAAGCUAAUUAUUUAACCUUUAGAUUCCACGUCCUUGGAAUGAUAGGCCUACAGAACAAGACUAAAGGGUUAUAUUUCUGCAAUAACUCGAUAGGAUAUAUUGAGCUUUACAAUGAUCCUGAGGUAAGUAAGCUAGAAUACUAUUAUCACUAAUUUCUGUACUUGAGUGCAAUGAUUAUUGGUUAACUUGAAUGGAAAAUUGUGAAAUUGUGAGUUUAGUGAGACUUGAGUUUAGUGGACACAUCUUACAGUUGUUCUCAUUAACCACAGAGAUACAAGCCCAUAGGAGUCUGAAUUCCAGAGAUGUUUGAUUUUUGUUGAACAUGAUGAUCUUGCAAACCCCUUCCCUCCCCCUCCCCUGCUACAUCCUCUCCCUCCCCUGCUACAUCCUCCCUCCCCUGCCACAUCCCCCCAAAAUUUGCAACCUUUUUCUCCAUUCCAUCCCUUGAAGUUUAACCCUUUAACUCCCAGGAUCUGAUUGUUAAUUCUCCCCUCUAUCAGCUACUCAUUUCCUUGUAAAUUAGUGGAAAGAAUUUGGUGUUAGAUCAAGAUAACCUCUACCUGACACAUUUGAGUACCCUCAUUACCUCUUUGUUGGAUAGUGGAUGGAUGUUGUAGGGAGAAGUUACAUUUGAAUCACUUCUGGGAGUUAAAGGGUUGAUACAUACUCCAAACACUGAAAAAAAAGCACAAAUUACAUCCAUUCGCUAUCAGUAAACCCUCAAUGUUUUUGUAAUGGUGAUGUUGCAGUUUAAAAUGAAUUUCAGGUUACAUGAUUUCAAACUAAUCUGACAUGGUCAUAUCAUAGUUCUUAACCCUUUAACUCCCAAGAUCUGAUUGUUAAUUCUCCCAUCUAGCUGUUACACACUUCCUUGUUAUUUAGUUAUAAGAAUUCAGUGUCAUAUCAUGAUGACAACCUCGAAAUGAUAAGUUUGAGUAAUCUUGUUACUUGUUUGUGGGAUAGUGUAUGGAUAUUGAAAGGAGAAGUUACAUUUAAAUCAUGUAAAACCAAAAAAAAAUUUUCAUAGGAGUAUGGGGCUGGCUCCCCAUUCUCUUUUAUAGUAAAAAAAAAAGAUUAAAUUUCUUUGACAAGGAGUCAAUUCAGUGAAUCUUCUAGGAUACACAGUGAUUUGCUUAGUGUUUAGGGUAGUUGCUUUAUGAUUUAUGUAACCACCAUCUUAAUCUUGUCUAGGGAGUUACAGUGAACACAAUGAAAGGCAUUCUUGAAGAAAUGAUGACACUAUUUCCUGAUCAGUACUUUCACCUUGGUUUGGAUGAAGUUAUAACUACAUCUGUGUGUACUAUGGAAAGUAAGUCUGUUGAACAGUCACACUAAGUGUUGACAGGUCCAAGGAUAAAUGAAAUCAAUUUUAUUUGUUAACCCUUUCACCCUGAAGAGUGACCAGUAUCUAAUAUCAACAAUACAGUAUACAAUAUCAACCCUGAAUCAAACAUUUAGUUGUGAGAAUAAAGGAAAUGAUCACCAGCCAAAAAAGCUCUUGAUUGGGAAACAAAUUCUCCCUGUCAGCAACUUAAAAUUUAUAGUGAAAAGUAGGGAGAAAAUGAAUACUGAUUUUAGGGUUUUUAGGGUACAUACAGGACCUCAAUUACCUCUGCUUUGUAAAUUCUGAGAGGGACACUGCGAUGAAGUGAAUUUUAAUGUAUCAUCCACAAAACCUAGUGCUUCAAUACAGAAAAAUUGCAAUCUGAAAUAUUCAAAUGUUUUUAAUGAUCAGAGCCAAAUUUCAUAUCACUUUGCCGCCAAAUGAUAUCCAUUGUCACUUUACUAGCAAGAAUUUUGAUGUGGAAAUAAGUAAAGGUUGAAAUGAUUUUAUCGAGAAAUAGCCACUAACUCAAUUGUCAGCUGAACAUGGAGAAAGUAAACAGGUGCACCUUGCCCAAACUUUACAUACUUAUCUGGGAGAAUUUUUGAUUGAGUUUUGUUUUAACCUUUAACCUCUAAGAGUGACUAAAAUCUAAUUUCUCCUUACAACAUCACCCCUGAAUCAAACAUUAAGGUUAUGAGAAUAAAGGAAAUGAUCGCCAACUGAAGAAGCUCUUGAUUGUUGAAUAAAUUCUCCUUGUCAGAACCCUAGGAAAUGUCUAGGAAGUAGUAUGGAGAAUAUGCAUAAUGAUGUUAAGGAGUAAAGGGUUAAAUCAAAACCAAAAUGAGAUUAGAUCUGCUCACAGCAAGACAGGGGAAAUUAUUGCUCAAAACCAUUAAGAAAUCAAUGAAAGUACAAAUGAGCAAAUUGCCUGAAGUGCAGGGAAAAAUGUUUGAUUGAAUUCUGGCUGGUUUUAGUCUUGUGCACAUCUGUAUCUCCUCAGCUAAAUAAGAGGGUGUCACAAGUCUUCUAGAACACGUGCGGAAUGAAAUAAGAUAAUUAAAACCAAAUUAUGGAAUACUUUGAGAGCUCAAAAAUUACCAAAAGUUGUCCCUCCACACAAGGACUAGUUGUAAUUUUUUUUUUUCACUUUGAUGCAGAAACUAAGGAGUUAGAGCAGGAUUUGCUCAAAUUUCUUCAGCAGAAAGGCAAGACACCAUAUGCUUGGCAGGAAGCACUAUUAUCAACAGCUGCUGUGAGUUGAUAAUUUAACACUUGUCAUGGGUAGUAUUGAAUGAUGGAAAUAAGUUACAUUUAAUUCAAGGUAUUUUUAAUCAAUUAUUCAAUAUUACUAAUGAUUUAGUUUAUACCACACAGGUGAAUGGUACUUUUUAUGCAUACUGAUUGGAUAGUUUGCUUGUUAGAUUGAGUCAUCACCCUUUUAAUGCAUUUUUAUUUAUUAAGGCAAGUGCACCCAAAACUUAUUUUCCAAUCCUCUGAGGAUUAGGUUGUCACAAAAAAAAAGGAUAUGUGAUCUUUAUUACAAAUUUAAAAGAGCUUUCAUUGCUGACUGAGUUUCAUGUAGUAUUAUGAUCAAUGCACUGUCUUUGGUUUUUUUUUAUUUUUUAGGCAGUAAAUGGAACAGUGUUACAAGCUUGGAAAGAUGUAUCAUUGAAAACUCUUGUAGAUAAAGGAUUUCAAGUGUAAGCAGAUGAAAACAAUCAUUAUAAUGGAUGUUUUUUAUUUUUGCAUAAUGUACUGUCGUGGAGUAGUUUUUGUCAAAAUCCAAAGCUUUGGAAGAUAGUGAGGGUGACUGACUUGCCAGCUGGCUGACUAAUGUAUCAAUUCCCUGCAUGGAUAGGUGACUGAUUGGUUCACUGACUGGAGGAGGUGACUGAUUUGUCUAAUGACAGUCUCUGUAUGACUGACUGACUGACUGUCUGCCUGAUUGUCUGACUGACUUACUAAAUGAUAUGUGAAUGGAGUAAGUUUAAACGAAACUGUGGUGCUGCGUCAGUGGGAGAGUAAUUAACAGGGUAAUUUUAGUAUUAUCAACUGAGUUGAUAAUGUAAAUUGGCCACCACAGAGUUACUAAGCUGAAGUUGCGAGCAUUAUUAGCACUUUAUCAAUUACCUAUAUUUGUAUUUAUUGGUAAACUCACAGAGUGGUUGACCAUGCAUAGGGUACGUUGCCUGAUUUUAUCUUUUUCAUUUGUAUUUUUAUUUAGGGUAAAUGCAUUGAUGAAUCACUUUUACCUGAAUUAUAUUUCUAAUGCGAGUGUGUCAUGGACUGACAUUGCAACAGGAGUGAGUGCUGAAUUUUUUUUAAUCUUGUUUCAUGCUUUUACCAUCAUAAGAGACAUGGAAACUGAGUGGUCUACCCUUUGUAAAAAUCUUAGAGGUGAUUCACUUGCAGUUUCUCCUUGCUAUUCAAACAUGUUAUCCUGGAAACUGUCUAUGACAAGAGACAAGGUCAUCAGCAAGGAGGAGACAUCUUCAUGAAAGAACCAGAUUCUCCUGUCGUAGUUAUAAGGAAAUGUAUAGCAGUCAGUUAGGAGAAUUUCAUGGUAGUUGAAGGGUUUGUACAUGUGCGCUUGGCUGCCAGUCAAAAAGACAUCCAGUACAUCAAUUUGUUUUGCUCUCAGCCAAGAAACUCUGUUACACUAUCAAAUUAAAUAGGUGUGUGCCUUUUACCCUUUUCAUUAGACCAUCAGUAUAAAUAUUCUCCAUACUGUCUCUAUACAUCUCAAACUGGAACUAGCAAAGAUAAUUUCUUUAACAGACCCCUUAAUUUGGUGAUCAUUUUUUGUAUUCUCGUGACUGUGAUUUUGUAUUCAGGGGGUGAUACUGUAAUUAGAAUUUACAUGCUUGUUAUGGUAAGGGGUUAAAGAGUUACUGAAAACUAACCAGUGGCAGUAUAAUUAGCAAUUAACAAUUAGUUACUUUUUGCGUUUGGAACGUGGGAUAGACCCUAAGUAUCAAUGAUGGACUACAUACAGAGGAGGAUAUUGGGGGGUUGUGAACUCUGCAAUACGGCAAAAAAUUCAGCAAAUAUAGCAAUAUCGCAAAAGAAAAAUUGCCAAACACUGCUGCAAUACUUCAAUAACAAGUUGAAACUUGAUGUCAUGCCAAAGCCACAAACUCUGUGUGUAACACUUAGAGCUCAUAAAAUAGAAAUAACAGUUAAGAAUUUUUUUAUGAACAAUAUCUUGUGUAAUCAUCAACUUCAGCCUGAUUCUGAAACAAUUUGAAAUUGGAAAAGGCUUAGGAAAUUGUAGAGGACUAAUUUUUAACACUGUCCAAAAUGCGAAAAGAACCCCAUCCUGCAAGUUUGGAGAAUACUGCAGUACUGCCAUUCAAGAUAAAAAUUACGGAAAUACUCAAGAAAAAUGUUCAAACUCAACAAUACCCCUAACCUUAAUGCCUUUCUCUAUGUGCUGUGCAUGUUAUUCACAACACUCAACCUGCAUGGUAUUAAUUUUGUUCAUGUGACAGUUAAACCCUGACGAACAGACAAUGCUCCUUGGUGGCGAAAUGGCAAUGUGGACAGAUGAUUACUGCUUUGUGUCCGAGUGUUUUUUGUAUAAAAGGGCUAAACCUGUUGCUUGGUGGAUGUAUGGGCCAGAUGCUGAUUCCCAGUUUACUGAAUCAGUCAGUGGCAUCGUAAGUAUUGAUCAUAUUAUUAUUAUAGUUACAGUCAGUAAAGAGUUUUUAGAACUGUAAAACAGUCCUUUGUCUAUCCAGUGAGUGCAAUUUGGUGUAAAUACAUGAGUACGGAUAAAUUUUUCAAAGAUAAAAAAAUUGCACAAGCCCUUAGGGCAGUUGCAAUUUGUAGUCUUUGAAAAAUUUACAAGUGCUUAUUACACCAAAUUGCAAGAGAAAUCAUGUUCUUACUUGUCAAUAGUGUACAUGUAAAAACAUCACAGAAAGUCAGGACAGACAAAAUUUUGAAAAUUUUUGAACACUAUUUGUAAAUUGCACCUGUGUUACAAUUUUGCACUUCUGUUUCAACUUUGCACUUAUGUGUAAAAUAAGAAUGCACUCAAUUUCAGCCAAUCAGAGGCAUUUAAUAUUUCAUGUUCAUUAGUAUAGCUUAUAUAUUAGUAUUAUUUUUAAAUUUAUGCUAUUAUAAACUGUUACAGUACUUUAAUGUAAUACUACAUUUGUGUCAGUUAACAUCAAGUUCUGCAUUCAUUUGGUAAUCCUACUGAGUGUGAUGCUAGUCCAUCUUAAUUAAAUAACCCCCCUACUAUUUGUCAAAUUUCAAAGUGCACCUCCAACAAAAGGACUUUAAAGUACAUGGUAGAACCCUGCUGAUUCAAAAAGUAAAAAAUUCCAGAGUAAGAUAGCAGAAAGUUUUAAGUUAGCUGAGAGGAAAAUAAUUGAAAGGGAAAAAGCUUUGAGUUCAAGAAGCUGAGACAUGCGAGGCAAUUGAGUCUGCAAAUUAAAGUUCUAUGGAAUGAGGCUCCAGUGAGCACCAUGCGAUAAGUGAUAUGUGUUGGCUACAUCAUAAAACUAUUAGUUACUAAGAUCAAUUUUAAUAUUAGUUAAAUUGAAUAUUUGAUAAUUUUUUCAGAUUUGGCCCAGAGCCAUUGUUGGUGCUGGCUCCUUUUGGAAUUAUCAGGCAGACUUGAAACCUGACAGCCCAGAGUUUCAGAUGAGAGUGGAUAGUCAACACAAGGUCAGGCAAUGUUUUUGGCUUUGGGUGUGUGUGUGCAUCAGUCACAGAAAUCAUUUAACCCUUUAACCCCUAAGAGUGACCAGCAUCUAAUUUCUCUUAACAAAAUUACCCUUGAAUCAAAUGUCAAGGUCAUGAGAAUAAAGGAAGUGAUCACCAACUAAAAAACAACUCUUGAUUAUUAAACAAAUUCUCCUUGUCAGUACCUUGGGAAAUGUUUAGUGAAUAGAAUGGAGAAUAUUGAUACUGAUGUCAGGGGUAAAGGGUUAAGGAAUAGCCUCAUGUAAAGAGACUUUGGAGAUUUAAUCAAUUGAAUUAAGUUAUUUUCAUGUACAAGAAAGGACAAUCAUUGUUUGCAUUGUUCUAUGAAAUGGGUUUCAAUGUUAGACAGAAGCAGGAUAGGUCUAAAUUUUUUUCAUUUUUCAUUAAAGUCUGCAGCAUUGGGAAUCAAAUAAUUUGUCAGUAAAAUUAUAAUUUUUCUGAUUAUUUUUUUCAUUCCAGAGAAUGAGUGAACGUGGCAUUCUUACAUGUCCUUUGGGAUGCAAGUGUGACUAUCUUAGCAGGUGUGGACAAUCUUAUCCACACCCUUAAUCUUUUAGUAUUGAAAUAUUGAUCGCAAUUUACUGUAGAAUGUGUCUAAAGCCUGGCACACACCUGGUGAUUUUAUUCAGCAAUGAAAGCGAUGGUUGAUAAUCACAGAUGUCUUACAUGCUAGAUAUCAGCAAUUUUAUAUGCCAAUUGCAGCAAUCACAUUUGCCAUGUUUGGUAAAUAAAAUCACUUGGUGGGUUGCUGGCUUAAGGAAUGAAUAGAUAACCUUCUUCAGUCUGUAGUCUAGCACCUUUGCAAAUGAAUACUGUAGCUGUUAAAUCAAUUAUUUCUAUCAAACCAUGUAGUUUAACUUUAAGGUAAAAGUCAGCUGGCUUAAGAAUUCUAGGAGAUCUUAAGGUGUUUUUGGUCUCUUGUUAUGAGUUUGAUGGAAAGCUUCCAAAGAUUAAAAUGCAUCACCAUCUGUGGAAAUAAGAUUCCCUUUUUAAAUUUCUCCUGUUUUGAAGAGCUCUUUCAAAAAGGUGUGUUUUCACUAAAAUAUUUAUGAGGAUUGGUGUGGACAGUGGGCCUUUAAUAAGCUGAAACUAUAGGAGAAAAUGCUAAUAGAUGAAUCACUGUACUUCUCUGUUUGAAUGUGUAUGUCACCAAAGACCUAUUUUUGGUCAAGGGUACAUUGAGUAACAUCAAAGGAGAAUUUAUAUUUUGAUGGUAAAUUCAUCUAUGAAUAAUCAAUUGUCAUAAGUGUGUGUUUCCUUUUAAUGUUGCAAAAUCAGAGCCGAGGCUAACUCACAAUAUUUCAUUCAGCUCUUAAGUGUUUUGAUUGACUUUAAGCCAGCAUGGUACAUUAACCAGGCUAUUUAAGUUACUAACACUAUAUUACACUGUAAACUGAGGUAUUAAUUUACCAUUUUAAGAGAGAAAUGGGGAGGAAAGUAAAACUUGAGUAAAAUAGAAGACUUUUUUUCACCAUCCAUUACAAUUAUGGAUUAGAUUCAUGAACAAAUUUUCCUUUUCAUUUGUAUCUAAGUACAGGACUUGAAGUACAGUUUCUAAACCCAUAAGUAAGAAAACCCUGCACACCUAAGAACAACUAGUUACACCAGGACUGUGCAUAAUUGUUCCUUCCCAGUUAAGCAAAGAACUGUUGUAAAUGUGACUGUAUUUUUGUCUUGAAAACUUCAUUAAGGUCUGUAACUGAAACAACUUCACUGAAGAGUGUUUUCCCUUCAAGCCACUCCCAGACUUUCACCAUAAGUAAUAUACAAGGAGUGAACAUUGAAUAAUAUGUAAUGUGCAGAUGUUAUUUAAUAGCUGUGCUUAAUUACCAUAAUUCAGGAUUUAUUCUUUAAUUGAAAUGUUGUUAACUUUAAGUUAAGCUACUAAAUUAGUCGUUAAAAUAAUAAUAUUGCAAGUACAAAUUUUAUACCUUAUUAAAUAGUUAAACUUUAAAAAACACAGAGUUUGUAAAUUAAGCCUC